CGCGCGCCUGUCCCCGCGCGGGCUCCGUAGCGCGUGUGUAAGCUGACGCAGCUCGCGGGCCCUCCUCCUGCUCUGCAGCGGCGUCGGCGGAGUUUUGGGCGUUUGGGAGGGGGCGAGGGAGCUAGAGUCGGGAGAGGGAGGCGGCGGCGGCGGGGAGGAGGAGGAGGAGCAGGCGCCGCCAUGGCCGCCGCUAUCACCGACAUGGCCGACCUGGAGGAGCUCUCUCGCCUGAGCCCUCUGCCCCCCGGCAGCCCUGGCCCGGCGGCGCGGGGCCGGGCUGAGCCCCCCGAGGAGGAGGAGGAGGAAGAGGAGGAGGAAGAGGAGGCCGAGGCCGAGGCGGUGGCUGUGCUGCUGUUGAACGGCGGCGGCGGUGGGGGCGGCGGUGGCGGCGGAGUGGGGGGCGGCGAGGCGGAGACGAUGUCGGAGCCGAGCCCCGAGAGCGCCAGCCAGGCCGGGGAGGACGAAGACGAAGACGACGACGAGGAGGAGGAGGACGAGAGCAGCAGCAGCGGCGGAGGCGAGGAGGAGAGUAGCGCCGAGAGCCUGGUGGGCAGCAGCGGCGGGAGCAGCAGCGACGAGACGCGCUCGCUGAGCCCCGGCGCCGCCAGCAGCAGCAGCGGGGAUGGGGACGGCAAGGAGGGCCUGGAGGAACCCAAGGGACCGCGGGGCAGCCAGGGCGGCGGCGGGGGCGGCAGCAGUAGCAGCAGCGUCGUCUCUAGUGGCGGCGACGAGGGCUACGGGACCGGGGGUGGCGGAAGCAGCGCGACCUCCGGGGGCCGGCGAGGCAGCUUGGAGAUGUCGUCGGAUGGGGAACCCCUGAGCCGCAUGGACUCGGAGGACAGCAUAAGCAGUACUAUAAUGGAUGUAGACAGCACAAUUUCCAGUGGGCGUUCAACUCCAGCAAUGAUGAAUGGACAAGGAAGCACUACUUCUUCAAGCAAAAAUAUUGCCUAUAAUUGUUGUUGGGACCAGUGCCAGGCUUGCUUCAACUCUAGUCCAGAUCUGGCAGAUCACAUCCGUUCCAUACAUGUAGAUGGUCAGCGAGGAGGGGUAUUUGUUUGCUUAUGGAAAGGUUGUAAAGUAUAUAACACUCCGUCAACCAGUCAGAGUUGGUUACAGAGGCAUAUGCUGACACACAGUGGAGACAAACCUUUUAAGUGUGUUGUGGGUGGCUGCAAUGCCAGCUUUGCUUCUCAGGGAGGGCUCGCUCGCCAUGUACCCACACACUUCAGUCAGCAGAACUCCUCAAAAGUUUCUAGCCAGCCAAAGGCCAAAGAAGAAUCUCCUUCUAAAGCUGGAAUGAACAAAAGGAGAAAAUUAAAGAACAAAAGACGACGUUCAUUACCACGACCACAUGAUUUCUUCGAUGCACAAACACUGGAUGCGAUAAGACAUCGAGCCAUAUGCUUUAACCUCUCAGCUCAUAUAGAAAGUUUAGGGAAGGGACACAGUGUUGUUUUUCAUAGUACUGUAAUAGCUAAGAGAAAAGAGGAUUCUGGAAAGAUAAAGCUUUUGCUUCAUUGGAUGCCUGAAGACAUUCUGCCUGACGUGUGGGUGAAUGAAAGUGAACGACAUCAAUUAAAAACUAAAGUAGUUCAUUUAUCAAAGCUACCCAAAGAUACUGCCUUGCUUUUGGAUCCAAACAUAUACAGAACAAUGCCGCAGAAGAGGUUGAAGAGAACUCUGAUAAGAAAAGUGUUCAAUUUGUAUUUAAGCAAACAGUGAACCGACAUUUGCAAUCAACUAAAAAUUCGUCUAUCGAAUUAGGGCUGAAAAUUUCUGUUAAAGAGUGUUGCAGUAUGUCUGGUGGCUCCCUUUUCAGGAGUAGGGUUUUCUCAUGGAGUACAGUAUGUUAAUAUUUACCUAUAUAACUAAUCUGUUAACGGUUUUUGAAAAACCUCUAUUUCAAGUUAUUUGAAUAAUCCUCAUAUUUUCAUUUUAACCUAUAUAAGCCUCUAUUUUUUUUCUGCGGAAAGCAUUUGGUUUAUGAGCUGUUUUUUCUUAACAUAAGAAAAGUUGUAUUUUUUUUUUUUUAAGUAUCUUCAAACUGAAUCCUUUAUGCACCAAAGUUGGUUUUGAAAAGGAAAAUAAAAUCACUUUCUUGCUUGGUAAGCAAGAAGCCAUAUGGAUUUUUUUUAACUUACAGAAAUGGAAAUAUGUGUAACUUGUUAGUAUUGUAUCAAACAAAUGUUGCAUAGAGAUAAUAGAACAUUGCUUGUAAAUAAUUCAGCAGAUUUGUAAUAUAUUUUUAUAUUAUGAAAUGUACUGUAGAUGUUUUUCUAGAGGCAUGAAAGUUAAAUGUAUAUAUUAUGGGUAGAAAUAAUAUUGAAGGAUAUUGUAAUUCACUAGUGCUGCCAGAGGAAUUGUUAAUAAAGCACCUUCUUUAACAAUAAAUGUCUUUGCAGACUUAAGGGACUAUGUACUACUGUUAAUAUCUAUAAGAACAAAACACAUUGAACAUCCUUCCAGAAAGUCUUUGAGGGAGGACCUAUACCCAUAAUAGAAUUAUGGCACUCAUUUCUGACAGUGACCGUGAAAUCAAUUAUUUCCUUACUGUUGGAAGGACAUAUUGUAAAGUAUAUGUGGUUAUAUGCAGUGAAACUGCAGAAAAUACUCCUGAUUCAGGAGUUUUCACUUUACUACAGUGAUAUAAAAACCAGCAGUUUUUACACUAAAUUUUUUAAAGAAAAGAAUAGACAAAAAUAUAGAAUUAAGCCUUUGGUUCCAAAAUGGGAAAGGUUCCAUGAUACAUAAAUCAUUUCUCAUUUACUUUAAAAAAUUUUAAAAAUAAUAAAAAUUAUGGGAGACUUUAUUCGUUAACAGUGGGGUAAAGAGCUAUAUACAUGAAAUGAGUCAUAUAAAAAUUAAAUGAAGUGCAAAUAAAAGCACUGCUACUAUAAGACAUUCUGGAAUGGUUGUUUAAUAAGGGUAUUAUCCAUUUGAUCUGUAACAAAUGUGAUUUUAUUUUUUAAAAAGAAAAAAGCAGUGUGUUUUACUUUUUUGUUUUCUUUUGCUUAAGCACUUCAUCAAUUGCUUUAUUCUGUAUCUACGAAGUAAUCUGCGAUCUCCUUUGUUCUUUUAAAUUUUUGAUUUGUUAUAAAAUUGCCAAAUAGAAGUGUUUCAGAUAUAUAGUUUGUACCUGUAUUUUUUAUUUUAUUGCCUCAUGUUCUUGUAAGUCAUUCUUAAUUGACCGAUGAUUGUAGACCUUGCCUGAGUAUUUUUUCUAAUAAAACAAAGCAAAUCACAUUUAGCUUCAAAA